ACCUGCCUACCUCCGUUCACAGCCCUGAGGGAGGGAAGAGAGAGAGAGUGAGUGAGAGAAAGAGAGAGAGAGAGAGAGAGAGAGAGAGAGAGAGUAGUACUAAAGCAGCUUUACACAUGGACCCAUAUUUUAGUCUGCAGAUCAGGAGGCAGGAAAGUCCCGCACUGCCCUCCUCUUACACAGACACAGAAAAGCCUAGGAUAACCUGGAACACCAUGCAGCAAAUAACAACCGAGACUGGAGCAGAGGCUUUGUGGACUGGGCAAUGUUAAGGAAUGGCAGCAAAACGCGAAGAGAUACUGGCUAGCAAAGGUCCCCUGAUCUUAAUCCGAAGCAUCUGUUGUUGAAGCCCCUCUGGCUUCCCUCUCUCCUGGCGGGCUGCUGCCCAUGCACACACACGGCACUAUGGGUAGCUCCCCGGAGGUGCUGUCCUGGACGUCUUGCCCCAGUCUGCUGGUAGGGAAGCUGAAAGAAGAGCUCAAACUCACCGUGGUUGGGGAUGCCUUGAAGAAGACCAACCCCAACACUUCCCCUUCUCCCACACCGCCCCCACCACCGCCACAGAUCAUCACCGACCUGGCCCCACCCACAAAUCUCCCUGUUCCCCUGCAUCAGCUGCAGGCGCCAAGCCGGGACGAGCUGGACUCGGGCCUGAGCGGGACGAGCCCGCCAUGCACAGCCCUGAGUGAGGACUCCACUAGAGAACAGGGCCACUUUGAAAACAGUGUCCUACAGCUCCAGGAACACGAGGACCCGGAAUCGCCCGGCUCCUGCGGACAGGGAGGGUGUGGCAGCGGCGGGGAAGAGGGGAACAUGGAGGAAGGAAAUGGAUGUCCCACGGAGCAUACUGGGGACGAAAUGCACCACCACCACCACCACCAUCACCACGAUGAUAUCAAACUGCAGUUUCACAGAGCCGGCACAGGAGGUGGAGGGUUCCUGGAAGGGCUGUUUGGCUGCUUGAGGCCUGUGUGGAAUAUCAUAGGAAAGACUUACUCUACAGAGUAUAAGCUUCAGCAGCAAGACAUGUGGGAAGUUCCCUUCGAGGAGAUUUCAGAGCUGCAGUGGUUGGGAAGUGGGGCGCAGGGUGCUGUCUUCCUUGGAAAGUUCCACUCAGAAGAAGUGGCCAUCAAGAAGGUCAGGGAACAGAAAGAGACGGACAUCAAACACCUUCGCAAGCUCAAACAUCCCAACAUCAUUGGCUUCAAGGGUGUGUGUACGCAGGCUCCAUGUUACUGCAUUAUAAUGGAGUACUGUGCUCAGGGUCAACUGUACGAGGUUCUGAGGGCAGGUAGGAAGAUCUCUCCCCGUCUUCUGGUGGAUUGGGCCUCGGGUAUCGCUAGCGGCAUGAACUACCUGCACCUUCACAAGAUCAUCCAUAGAGACCUCAAAUCACCAAAUGUGUUGGUCACUCAUAAUGAUGCAGUGAAGAUCUCAGACUUUGGGACCUCAAAAGAGCUCAGUGAUAAGAGCACCAAGAUGUCGUUUGCUGGAACGGUGGCCUGGAUGGCUCCUGAAGUGAUUCGCAAUGAGCCUGUAUCUGAGAAAGUAGACAUCUGGUCAUUUGGGGUGGUGUUAUGGGAGCUCCUGACUGGAGAGAUUCCCUACAAGGACGUAGACUCCUCUGCCAUUAUCUGGGGUGUGGGCAGUAACAGCCUGCACCUUCCAGUGCCCUCUACUUGUCCAGACGGAUUUAAGAUCUUAAUGAAACAGACAUGGCAAGGUAAGCCCAGAAACAGGCCGUCCUUCAGGCAGAUCCUGCUGCACCUUGACAUCGCCUCAGCAGAUGUGCUGGGAGCCCCGCAGGAGACGUACUUCAAAUCUCAGGCUGAGUGGAGAGAGGAGGUGAAGAAGCACUUUGAGAAGAUAAAGAGUGAAGGGACGUGUAUCCACCGGCUGGAUGAGGAACUUAUACGGCGCAGGAGAGAUGAGCUCAGACAUGCGCUGGACAUCCGGGAACAUUAUGAGAGGAAGCUGGAGAGAGCUAAUAACCUUUACAUGGAGCUGAGUGCAAUCAUGCUGCAGUUAGAAGUGCGAGAGAAGGAGCUUAUGAAAAGAAGAGAACAGGCCGUGGAGAAGAAAUACCCUGGAACCUACAAACGCCACCUGGUUCGGCCAAUCGUGAGACCCAAUGCAGUGGAGAAACUCAUCAAGAAGAAAAGCAGUGUGAGCCACAAGCCUGGAGCACCAAUUCCUAAGAGGCCUGACUUGCUGCGCUCUGAUGGGAUCCCGAGUGUGGAGCCUCUUCCAGCCCCCUCUCCUCUGUCCGGCAGCCCCAAGGUCUCCACUCCUCCAGGGAAGGCCCGAUACCGCAGCAAGCCCCGCCAUCGCCGAGCUAACAGCAAGGGCAGCCACAAUGAGUUCCCUGGCGUGCUGAAGCCGACUGCAGGGACCGCUGAGGAGCAGCAGCCGUUACAGCCUCAGCAGUUCCAUCACCACCACCAUCAUCACCAUCCUCUUCCUCCUCCUCCUCCUCAGCCCCUGCCAGAGACCCCUCUCCUGCCCCUCCAAAGCAGAGAAAAUGCCGUGGCAACAUGUGCCAACAACCUGCGUUACUUCGGACCGGCCGCAGCUCUGCGCAGCCCACAGACUGACCACCUGCAGCGGCGCGUGUCCGGCUCUAGCCCUGACCUCAUCUCCACCACCAUGGACGUGGAUUCACGGCAGGCAGCAGGCACCGGGCCGGGGCCACUCUGCCCCUGCUGCCAGGCUCACCCCUUCCCAGGCUGCCUGCACUGCCAGGAGACGCUUCCGGCCUCCAGCCACCCGGGGCUGCCCCACUAUUCCCUGCUCAGCACGUGUGAGGGAUCGGCGGGAAUGGCGUUACAGUCAGCCGACCAAGCUUCACACAGAGAGGGUCAGGAGAAGGCUGAGCAGCCUGAGCAGGGGUCUCCACGGACCAGCCUGACUAGCGGGAUACCACGAACCCUCAGACCCCUCAGCAAGGCGGGAGAUGACUCAUCUGAAGAAGAGGAGGGAGAGGUUGACAGUGAAGUGGAGUUUCCACGGAGACAGAGGCCUCACCGCUGCAUGAGCAGCUUCCAGUCGUACUCCACCUUCAGCUCAGAGAACCUGUCUGUGUCGGAUGGAGAAGAGGGCAACACCAGUGACCACUCGCACAGCGGACCUCUGGAGGCUCUGAGUGCGAGUCAGGAGGAGCACCUGGACGAGCUGCUCUCACACACACCCGAGAUCCCCAUCGACAUUUCCACACAGUCCGACGGCCUGUCUGACAAAGAGUGUGCCGUCCGCCGGGUCAAAACCCAGAUCUCCCUGGGCAAGCUGUGUGCAGACGAACACAGCUAUGAGAACCCGCUGCACUUUGGGGACUCAGACUGUGACUCCUCGGAGGCAGAGUGCUCUGACGCCACCAUCAGGAACAAGCAGCCAUGUGCUCCCUCUUCCUGGUGAGCUCCUCCCUUUAAAUCCCACCUCCUGGGAGGAAACCACCGCAAUAACUGGAGCCUGCUGUAAACGACCACACCCCAUCCCCCAUCCUGUUCCCCAGCCCUGUGGCCUCAAGCCUUUCCCAUCCGAGUAACCUCAGGCACCUCUGGACUGACAAUGUAGCUAGUGUAACAUUCAUAAUUUAUUUUUCUGCAUCGAGGAAACAAAAAAAAACCUAAAUCAGGAACUCUACACAUUUUGGCGAGGAACAAAAGGACAAAAAAAAUAAAAAAACGGACUGUGUGAAAGCUCAGUGGAGUGUAUUGCUAUUCUGUUCGGGAAUGAAAUGACAGAACUCGAUGCCGGGGGCACUGAGAGACUCAGUGGGGGCAGUGAAGGAGAAUUCGUGGACUGCAUGUGUGUGCGUCUGAUUGUACGAGUGUCUGUGCCCUAGGCUUUCGAGCAGAACAUUAGAUCAAUUAGAUCAACGUAGUGAAAAUCAUUCCUUGACGGGACCAGUGGUUUAAUUAUUCUGAUAGAUAUGGGAAUCUGACCCCCGAGCAGCCAGCCCUGUCCUUCUGGCGAAGAUGAACCAGCUACCUGGUAAAUCUUGAGUUUACAGAAACGAUGCUCUGCCCCCUGCUGGGAGAUCAGGGUAACUUCAGUUUGAGCACCAGCAUGAACAGUCCCUGUCCUCCUUGUUUUUUCGUCUCUCCAUCACUCACAUCUCUGAUACUGUGGACCCAUGUGAAUUCUUCGUCCCAGGAUGCCUGGUUGGCCUGCCGUUGGAAACCAAUUGGACCGAUCAGACAUCUGAGUGCUGCUGAAUUCUGUGGACGAAAAAAAAACAACAUCCGUGGGUCUGCACCCGAGCAGCUCUUGACAGAACGCUGGCUGCUCUAGAAAGGAACUUAUCUUAAGGGUACAGUGUCGGCGCACAGCGGCUUGAAAUCAGUGUUUGAAACUGUAGGAGAUCUGUCCAGCUUGCCUCUGACCUCAGGACUGUGCUCAGAGAAGGACGAUCAGGCGAUCAGGGGGAGGAGGACAAUAACGGACCAGCAAUGUAUGGACCAGACUAGACAAAACUAAAGCCCUGUAACUCAUUCCUCUCAUCCCACGCUUAUCUUUAGACUCAUAUAUAUAUAUAUAUAUAUAUAUAUAUAUAUAUAUAUAUAUAUAUAUAUAUAUAUAUAUAGUAGUCAUGCAGUUGAUGUGAAGAUGCAGCAGCCCUUUAAAACAUCCCUCAGGACUUGGUUGUGCUUUCUGUAUGCUGUUGUAUUGUUUUUUUUAUUGUUUCUUUUUUUUUUUUUUUUUCUGUUUCUGUUUGUGUUGUUCGUUUAGUGCGUGGAGUGAAACUGAAUGUGUCAUGUACAGGGAGAGGGCACGACAGAAACACACACACACACACACACCUUCAGAUGCACUCUGCUGUUUCUCGAUCGUCACUGAAUCAGCAAUAAUGCAGGAUCCCCGCUCAGGCAUAGGAGAACCUAGCUCAGGAGACUGGUCUGUCUAGCUGGCUGGACAGGUGCACAGGCGAGUUGUAGUGAAACGUAAAGGUAGUUCUAGAAAAUGUCACUUUUUUUAAGAAAAGGCCUCUAUUUUUUGUAACUUUGAGUUCAGCCGAGUCACCAGUAUAAUAAAAUAAGACAAAAAGAAACAAUCCUGCAUUUUGAUGGUUGGAUGCUCAGGUUAUGUAUGUGUUCAGUGCACUUGUUCAGAUCUCUUCAGAGUGUGCAAGCAAUGAGUCUCCACUAGGAGGAGACAGAUCUGUCCGUUGUGUUUCUCUGAUAGCAAAAUCAGGCAACAUUCCUUUUUACUGUAUAUUAUAUUCAUAUAUUUGUAUAAACCACUGGGAAAAUUCCUACAUUAGGCUUUAUUAUAAACUGUCUAAUGUGGAUGCCCACCUAAAUCCAUCUGUUAAUUUUUAUUCAUUUAUUUUUUAUUUUUUAAUAACUGUCCCUAUCUGCAAGGGAUGCUGCAUCUUGUAUCAUUACUACUGCACUGUAUUCAUUUUACCCUUGUGUGUUUUUUGGUGUGUGUGUGUGUGUGCGUGCGUGUGCGUGUUUUGUAGGAUAAUAGUAUAGCAAGGAUGGCCAGUUUACGUGUAGUUAGACAAAGUCAUGAAGUCUCACUCAUGACUUUAGGAGAUGGCAAAAUGAGAGAAACUGUGAAGGACAUUGUUCAGUUUUUUUUCUGCAAAUUUAAAUUGUAAGCAAAUGGGGUUCGUAUGUCGAAGUCUUAACGAAGCAGUCGCUGCACGGAUGCUUUUGGAUACAGAACAAAAACGAACAAAAGCAAAAAGAAUUAAGACAUACACUGUGGAGCUGUCAGUUCCGUACCUUAUUCCUUUUGAGGAGAACCAGCCAUUAUUGUUAUUUUCUGUUCAUAUUCUCUGACCAGCAUGAUUGGAAUUGGACGGACCUGAACGAAAAGGACUUUUGAGUGUGGCUCGUGGGAAUCGUCCUGCUGUAACUGGUGAGCAAGGACAGCUUGUGGACACACACCAACCUCAUUUUGUUUUGUUUUUUUCAUUGUUUCUUGUUUACGUUGUUUAAAAAAAGGCUGCUGUGUUUUAAUCAGACGAAUCGAAAUCGGAUGAGGUGUUGAUGGUGAAGUACAGUAUCUUUCCGUCUGCAGCACCGUAACAGUUCCUGUAAAGUAUGAUUAUGUGUUGUGUUAAUUUAAGUUAAUUUAAUUUAAUUUUCCUUCCUUUUCAUUUUGUAGCUGGCCUACAGGAUCAUGGAAUUAAUUUAUUUUGGACUACUAGUAAUGUUUAGGAUCAAACAAAUCCUCUUUUUCUGUUUUCCUGAUGAUUUGGAACUUAUACACUCAUAUUGUUUUUAACUUGUGUAAAAGUAUUUCUUGAGGGAGAACUUUAGGUGCAGUUCUGAGUGAAUGGCUUGGUAAUAACUGGAGAUGGAAAGGGUUGACAGUAUAUAUUAUUAUACAGUAUGUACCCAAACACAUAAUUCUUGACUUUUAAGGCUUAAAAAAAAAAGAUGACCAAGUGUUCAUACAGAGAACAGGCCUUAAAGCCAAUAGAAAUGACAGUAAACAUUAAAGAUACAUAUUAUAAUAAUGUAUUAGCCUGCUUAGUUGGCUAUAUUGCAUUGUCUUAUUAUUUGGGUCUGGCUACUGUAUCAUCAGUGAAAUUCCUGCAGAUCUACUUUCUUAAAGAUAGAGGUGCUUCAAAUGGAUUUUAGGAACACUUAUGUGAAACAAAUGCUGAUAGUAAGUUGGGGUCAUUUUAAAUGGUAGAGAGGAUGAAUAUUAAAAUUAGUAAAGAUCCUUUACAUUGGGUUCUAAAUGCCCGGCAGACUAUGACUAAGCUGACAUUAUGGCUUGAGAAUCACAAGCUUGGAUCCCGGGUCAUGCUGCUUUGCCUCAGCAGCCGGAGUCCGAGAGAUUACGUUCGAACAUGCUCUCUCUGGGUGGGUGGAUGAUGCUCACAUUCAGGCAUCUUUUAGCUGAUGUGUCUGAAAUGGGGAUCCGGCACUCAUCCUCAUCCUCCUAGUGUCAGCAGCAUUAAAAUUGAGCAUUGCAAAUGGAGGUAGCUGUAGUGAGUGGGUAGUAUAAUUGACUUUGCUAAAUUGAGGAGAAUAUUGGGUUACAAAAAAGAAUCUAUAUUAAGUAAAGAUGUUUAUACUAAAAAAAUGUUCUUCACUAACACACAGCUCCAUGGAUCUUAAAGGAAUUUAAAGUUUUUCUAUGGCCCCGCUGUAAGACCCAUUUGAAGCACCUUUAUUUUUAAGAAAGUAAAGUAAAGUAACAAAAUCUUCCAGAUUAAGGGAUGAUUUAUGAAGUAAACUGUAAAACAAUCUGCAGCCAGACCAGGUGCUCCUUAUCCAGCACAUGAGGUUCAGUAGCUGGCACCAUUGAAUAAAACUGAAUAAAAUAAAAAAAAAUUGAAUAAAAUGGCCAGUUGACUUGAACAAGCUUAGAUGCUUUAGAUGUAGGCUUUAGUGAAUAAGCCCCAUAGUCUGCUAAUGAUUAGUCCAGAGAUGGCCUUCUCCAUGGUCAGUAAGUACACACUACUAACCUCUUUAGGCCUUUAAGCCAAUGUGGAAUGAAUAUAGAGAACGUUCCUCAUGGUGUUGUUUGACAUACUGUCAGUAUUAGCAGAUGCAGAUUGGAUUCUGACAGGGCAAGUCUUGUGUAAGUAUUUAAACCGUGAAAGAUUACAACUAUUUACACGCCUCUCUCUGUAUCGCCUUUCCUCAGAUCUCUCUCUCUCUCUUGGUCUAUCACAGUACAUUCAUGUCAUUACUAUUUUUCAACUAAUGCAUAAACAGUUAUUUUGUUAUGAACUAUUUUUGUGCAGGAUGUGUUAAACUCUCAGCUAUUUUUCCCCCCUCCAGUAUGUUUCUUACUCAUGUGCCGCCUUCCCUUAUCUUGAAUGGCAUUAUGAUCAACCAAUCCCGACGGUUUCCUGUAUUAGCCUGUGUACAGUGCAAUGGGAGCAGGAAGGAAUUAAAAUCAAAGCAAACAACUGCAUGGAAUAAACCGCUGAUGUACUGUACCGAA